AUGCGUUCCGUCUUUGCUUUAACGGCCUUGGCUAUCUUGGGCAAAUUCGAUGUUGCCCUCGCCGGCCCAUGCAAGCCUCAUGUUACCUCCGCAACAGGGACUACAACCGCCCCAGCGACUUCAGAGACAAAGGGACCUCUCGUUGUUAAGAACGUCAUUGGCAACGGAAACUUUGCCGUCAGAGACCCGACCAACCCAAGCAACAUCCCUAGCUAUACCGUCGAAGGUGAUGGUCAGAUUGUUGAGAACAAGGGCUAUACCGGCGACAACAGCAAGGAGAAGGGGUGUGUCGAGAUGCAAGCAUCCAACCAACCUCCCAGCCGCAAGCGAGCCAUUGGCAACAUCGUCAGCAUCUCUCAGCAGCUCGACUCUCUUGAUACCAAGAAGAAGUACACUAUUCGGUUCUUCUAUGCUGUCAUCACCGCUAGCAGCAUCAAUGUCUGCACGCUCAGUGCUUCUAUCGCUGGCCACGUCUUCUACACGUCGACGAUCCUUAGCAUCGGAGCUGCUAUGGACUGGAAUACUGUUCUUGAACAAACCGAUGUUCCCAACACGGAGGGUGCUUUCUCAAUUGCUGUGAACUGUCCUGUUGGUGGGAUUGCAGGUAUCUACGUUGACUCCAUCUUCAUGUCAAACCAGGUUACUCCUGAGACGAUCGAUGAUGUGUCGAUUGACUUUGGUGAUGAGGUUAAUGCUGCUACUACAAGUGCUUCACUGGUUGUAUCUACCGCAUCAGAGGGAUCAAGCAGUGCCGCAAGCACCGAUGGACCAUCAACAGAGGCCGAGCCCUCCACUGAGUCUCAGGUCUUCACUUCGGAUGCUGCGCACCCAACAUCUGGCUUCUUCACCAGCUCCGAUGCCAACACUUUCAGUCCAUCAACUGAAGCGGAGCCUCAGACCCAAAGUUCCGCUGAAACUCAUACCAAUGUGCAUACAGCUGGGGUAUCAACUGCAUCUGAACCUGCCACCCAAGACCCAUCGACUACCUCUGAGCCUGCUACUCAAAACCCAUCAACCGAGUCUGAGACAUUUUCCACUGGUUCCGCCGAGGGUCAGACCGGUGCACAUACAGCUGAUGUAUCGACUGCCUCUGAACCUGCUACACAAAACCCAUCAACCCAGUCAGAGAGUCAUGUUCCCACUCUUACCUUGAACCCAACCACAGAUGCCGUGCACCCUACCACCGCGAGUGACCUCUCUACUGCCAGCUCUUUACCAACUGGCUCCCGAGUCUGCCCUGUUGGAGCCCCACCUCCUGGCUACUGCACGCCCAUCAAGCCAGAAGUAACACAGAUGGUCUCCCUGCCUGGUAUCCCACAGGAGUCAGAGAACGACCGACCCACAGCCCCUCGUGCCUGUUGGGCGUUUGGAGACGUAAAGUCCGGCACAUGGGGUCGCACAAAGGAUACCGUUCCUCGGCAAAACUCCAUCGAAGACUGUGCCCUGCUGUGCAAGCAAGAAGGUCCUGCUUGCAAGGCCUUUGCGUGGGAUGAACAGUAUCAGCCCAGUCCCUGCCGGCUUACUUCCGACACACUUGGCGUGGUUGGCAUCGAUCUUAACAGGCCGUAUUCUUUGAUGUGGAAUGACUUUGAUUGCUUCGAGUGCGAGGAUUGCGAUGUUAAGAACCCAGCGGAUAUUGAGACGACUUCUGUUGCGCCAUCAACAGUCUCUCUUCCGGACAUUACCACUUCUGCUGCUCCCUCUGUCGCAACCGCCUGCCCUCACUGUCAUCUACAGAGCUCUCCAUCUUCAGACCUCGUUUGCGAGAAGAUCGGUAACCUUGGCAGUGUUGACCUCCAGCCUUAUGCCAACAAUGAAUUUGACAAGGCCACUAUGCAGACAACUUCAGAGCAGUGCGCGACUAUCUGUUUUACACUCAAGGAUUGCGCGGCCUCAUCAUAUGAUUACGCGCGAAGGAGAUGUAUCUUUACCAACACUGCUCUUGCAAACAGCGAGUUCCAGGAGGCUCAAGAUCAGAACCCUUCUGCUUACAUUCUUCCAUGGAGCUCCAAGGGUUGUUGGUCGUGCUCCAAUGACUGUUCAGCCAAGGACGAGACUACGAGCCAAGCUCCCAGCACUGCAGAACAGACCAUCGAGCCGACUACAAUGACCCCAACUCGAACUGAGCCCCUUACAACUUUCAUCUCCUCUUACGCCCCAACCACCACCUAUUCAUCCAUGCCUGAAUGCACGCUCGCCCUAUCCGAUGGAUGCCAAUUUGAUCAAAACAACUACGAAUACUCUCAGUGUAAUAAAGAUGGAACCGUGAAAAAGGUUUUCACACUCAAAGAUGGUGAAUAUCCUUGGCAACUCCUCAACAUCAACAUGUAUCAGAACUGUCCAGCUAUUUGCAACCAGAUGGGCGGCCGCUGCAAGGCUUCCGCAUGGGAUCAAAAUCUCCAGCAAUGUGUCUUUUCCUCCAAUUCAGUCUUUAGCUCCUCAUUCACCCCUGGUAAUGAUGACGGUUCACUGAAUUGGAGUGAUCAGAGUUGCUACCUCUGUUUCUGCCACGACUUCGAACGCGAUGACUAUUCCGCGUCACUACGAACUUCACUGCCCACCGCGACUUGUGCUCCUAGCAUCACAAGCGAGGAGGCCAUUUGUGAGCGCAGGCAGGUUGAUGACAGUAAUUUGGUCUGUCAGCAUACAGGGUACUUCCCUUGGGGUUGGGACGAGGCACCCUCCAAGUUUCCUCACCAAGAUUCUGAGGAGCGAUGUGCGGCUCUUUGUAACUCGAACCCUGAUUGUAUGUCGUCUGGUUGGUCUGAAGAGUAUGGAAAAUGUGCUUUGGCAGGUUUCCAACUCAAGGGUAUCCAGUGGCAGCAGUUUGGUAAUACAAUGUUGAGUUGGAGUGAUAAGGGCUGUUGGGAUUGCUCUGACUGUAUCAAGAGUCAGAAAUGGCGCAAUUAUAAUUAG